AAUGGAAUUGUAAGUCGAAACAAAUUUGAGUGUAGUUUUAAAUAGGUGCUGUAAUUAGAAGAUUCGUUUUCAUUUUUAUUUGGUUAGUACUUGAGACUAUAAAUUGAUGAAUUUUUAACAUUUGAAAGAAAUGAUAACAAUGGAAUUUGUUUUCAAGGAUGAAAAUGACGUUACCAAUAAUAUCCAAAUAUAUUCUUCGAGAGUAUCUACACCAUUACCAAAACAAAGAAGUUUUCUUAAACAUGACGACACUCAAUAUGAAAAAUUUUGUGACUACCUGAAUAAACCACAAGCCAAAUUAAAAAUAUUAUUACCUCAUAAGUAUGGAUCUAGAAUAGGGUUCAGAAAAUUCGAUUUUCAAAAAAUUGAUGAAGUCUCAAGAAAAAAUGCAUAUAAAUGCGUAUAUUCAGAAAGAUCUACCAAAAUUUUGGGACAUACCGAAAUAUUUCCUAAAAGGCGUUUGUAUACCAAAGAUAUUCCAGGGGUAGAUGAAAAUACACAAGAGGGUGAUAGAAAAACCAAAUACAAGCGAAAGUGGAAAGGUGCUGUAGAAAAAAGCAGGAAACAAUUAUUACAAAUUGUGAAUAUAUUUGACAGGAAAUCAAAAACAAAAUUAAAACCGGAGAAUAUGGAAAAAUAUGUUAAACUUUUUGAUAUAAAAAUUCAUGAAUAAGUACAUAUUUAUUUUGAAUGUGAUUUGAUGCUUCGUAAUAUCGAAGAUAUAAUUUUGUAUAUUAUUUUUAUGUUUUCUGUUAUUUUUAGUGAUAUGGGUUGAAAAUUUUUUAUAUAAUGCAAGUUUAGUUGCAUUUACAAAAUCUAAACAAUUUUGAGUCGUUGGAAUCAGUUUACUACGACUUUACAAACAUUACACUCUCUGGUCCUUCGAGUCAGGUUCGUAUCCGGUUCGAAGGACCAGUACAAUAGUGAAGUUUUAUACUUCCACUGUUGACUAAGAUUAUAGAAACACUAUAUUAAAGCCUGGUUCAUUUCCGGCUCGAAAUACCAGUAUAAUAAUGUUUCUAUUUUCAUUGUUUACUACGACUUUACAAAUACUAUACAGUCUGGUUAUUCGAGCCUGGUUCAUACCCGGCUCGAAGGACCAGUACAAAGUGAAUGUUUAUGUACUAGUGUAAAUAUUAAAAUUUAUAUAGAUGCAUUUUGGACAAAUGAAAUUUAAUCAUGAUAAUGAAAUGACAAAUAGUAUACUCAAGUUGUCAAUGCUAAUUAUUGUGCUGGACGCAAUAUAUAAGUACAUUAAAAAAAUUGUUAUUAGAAAAACAUAAUUUAUACAAGAUAUUAUUGCUUAUCAUUUAUUUAUUUAUUAGGUUGACUAUAUAUAUCAUUGUUAUAUUUUAAAAUAAAUAUUUAUAAA